UCUCGGCAGCGCAGUGCUCGAAACAACUGGCGUCGCUUUGUGUGUGAACUCGGAGUCAGUCCAGACACCCAGCUCCCUGCUCCUGACCAAAGAUCCCAUAGCGGAGAAUCUUUGCUCCUGACCUGGAAGGUCUAGCAUGUGCUAAAUACUUCCUGGUCCGAUCCGAGACCGCCUGCCGCCGUGCAAAGUAAAAUUCACAUGCACUACAUUAACGGAUUGCAUUGCGAAUGGACUGUAAUUAGAUUCCCGUAAUCGAUUGGACUCAUCCAGAUGCACCGCACUGCAUGAUUUAAAGCGUUAGAGACACGCAGUAACUCGGUGGUUCAGACAGCAUAUCUGGACCCUCUGAUUUAAAACGCCGUCCACGCUGGGGAAGCCGAGGGGGAAUAUUUCCUCACCCAAGAUAGACACAAAGUGCUGGAGUAACUCAGCGGGUCAGACAGCAUCUCUGGAGCAAAGGAAUAGGGCGCCGAAGGUAAAAAUGCUUCCGUUUGCUGCUCGUCGAUCACCUGUCGUGUGCACUGGAGGUUGUGUGGCAAGCAGUCAGCCACUAGCCACAGGCGCUGGACUUGAUAUCCUGAAAAAAGGUGGCAAUGCAGCCGAUGCUGCAGUUGCUGCAGCUGCUGUCCUGAAUCUUACCGAACCAUUCAGUACUGGCCUUGGGGGCGACUGCAACUGCCUGUUUUAUGAUGCUAAAACCCACAGCGUCCUUGGACUAAAUGGAAGUGGCAGGAGUCCGCAAUCGUUGACCCUUGACCUGCUGAGAGAGGAAGGCUUUGAUGAAAAUAACCCUCUACCACCGGUCCAUGCCCACCUGGUCACGGUGCCUGGUGCUGCCGCUGGCUGGUGUGACACUAUCUCCCUCUUUGGAAGUAAGAAGCUCUCUCUGGCUGAGAUCCUGCAGCCAGCCAUAGACCUGGCAGAAAGAGGCUUCCCCGUCACUGAAGUGACUGCAUUUCACUGGGAGAAGAAUGCUAGCACCUUGCUGAGGCCAGGAAACCCACAUGGAGAAGACCUCCUGAUCCAGGGUAGAAGUCCGAAAAGUGGGCAGAUAUUCAAGAACGCAUAUUUAGCUCAGACCUUCAAGGAAUUGGCUCAGUCUGGCAAGAAAGGGUUCUAUGAGGGGAGAAUAGCGAGCGCCAUCGUGGAUGUCGUUCGGAAGAAUGGUGGAGUUCUGAGUCUGCAGGACCUGAGGGAGCACACCAGCACAGAGGUGAAACCAACCUUCACCGAUUAUAAGGGCGUGAGGAUCUGGGAGCUUCCUCCAAAUGGACAGGGUAUCAUUGCUCUAAUGGCCUUGAACAUGCUGGAGAGAUUUAACAUCAAAGAACUGGGCCACAACAGUGCCGACUACCUUCACCUGCUGACGGAGACCAUCAAGCUCAGUUUGGCCGACAGUUCUUGGUUCUGCGUUGAUCCCACUAAGGUCCACGUGCCUGUGAACGAGCUACUCUCCAAGCAAUACUGCCGCCAACGCUCUGAGCUCAUCAGCCUGCAGAGGGCAAGCAGUCAGUGUCUCUAUGGCAACCCGAGUGAGGCCCGUGGUGACACGGUUUACUUCUCAGUGGUGGACAAGGAUGGAAAUGCCUGCUCCUUCAUCAACAGCAACUGCCUGGCCUUUGGCACCGGACUCGUACCAGAAGGGUGUGGAUUUACGUUGCAUAACCGAGGCUGCCAGUUUUCACUGGGAGUUGACCACCCAAACCGCCUGGCACCAGGAAAGCGACCGUGCCACAGCAUCAUCCCUGCCCUUGCCACGUCUGCCGCCACUGGACAACUGCUGUGCAGCUUUGGAGUGAUGGGUGGCAUCAUGCAACCUCAAGGCCAAGUUCAGGUAUUGCUCAACAUGAUGGAGUUUGGGAUGAAUCCACAAGCAGCUCUCGAUGCGCCGCGAUUUCAUGUGGAAUAUGUGAAACCAGGUGGGGUCUGGAAGGUCUCUUUGGAGGAAGGAAUCUCUCAGCUUGCUGCACAGGACCUAAUAACAAAAGGACACAAGGUCAACUGGCCGGUCAGUGGACACAACAGGAGCCUCUUUGGCCGUGGCCAGAUUAUCACCAAGGGAACCUGGUGGAAGUUGGGUCCUGUUGCAUCCGGGGAGGACGACGCAGACGUAUUAUGGGCUGGAUCUGACCCUCGGGCUGAUGGCUGUGCAUUUGGAUACUAGUUCUUAAGUAAUAGGCGCUGAAUUAGUCCAUUUGGCCCAUUGAGUCUACUCUGCCAUUUCUUUCACUCUCAACCCAAUUCUCCUGCCUUCUCCCCAUAAGCUUUAGUCAGAGGGUGGUGAAUCUGUUGGAAUUCAUUGCCACAGAAAGCUGUGGAGGCCGUGUCAAUGGAUAUUUUGGGAGUGGGGUGAG